AUGGAUAUUUUGGUCGAUAUCAAAAAGAUGCUCUAUUUCCAAGACAUUUCUCGAUGGCUCAAGCUUGACAAGCUCGGCCACCAAAGUCAAAUGCUCGGCGAGUGGCAGAGGGAUCGAGAAAACAAGGCAUGCGAAUUCUUAUUGGAGGAUACCAGAUUCAAUACCUGGUAUAAUACUCCCGAGUCCCGGCAGUUGGUGAUCCUCGGUGCAAAGGGGCACGGAAAGACCUUCACUAUGACUUUUCUUGCUGAGGAGCUGGAGAGGAGAAACAGGUAUCAACUGCCUCGGCCAGUGCUCUGUCAGUACUAUUGUCGUGACGAUGAGACGGGGAAGGCCACAAAUGUGCUCUGUGCCCUGAUCUACUCACUUCUCAAUCACAAACAGCUUGAAGGCCUACAAAAGCCAUUCCAUGAGCGUUAUAGAGAGGCUCUGGGUUCGGAUCUUGAUCCGGCCUCGAACAUAUUCACGUUGGAAAAGUUUCUGGGAAGCAUGCUGAGAACUAUUGAUCGUCCCAUUGUUUUCGUUAUUGACGGAAUAGAUGAGUGCGACGACUCCUCCCAGAAUAGCCUACUCAAUUUCCUGAAUUCUAUUCUGCAAACGGCUUCCGGGCUCAAAAUUAUUCUGUCAGCGCGGCCUCGGCAAGAGAUUCUAGAUCGACUAGAUGAUGCAAUCAGAAUUGAACUGGCCCCUGAUCCAAAGCGGGACUUCUUUAUCGUUGAAAAAACAAUCAAAAAAUUGCCACGUCGUCUCUCACCAGAUGCUAAGGCGCAAAUACAAAAAUCGCUCUCUGAAAGAAUGCAAGGAAGCGGCAUAUGGACGAAGAUGAUCGUUGAGCUUAUCAAUGCUCGUCGACUCAUGACAAAAGAUGCUAUCGAUCAAUUCCUGGAAGCAUUACCCUUGCCUCAAGAGCUCUCAAAAGUCUACAACUCGUUACUUUCACGGUGCACAUCAGAUGAUGAUGAAAAUUGGCAACUUGCCGAUACAGCGCUCAGGGGUCUUGCUUUCAGCCACAGACCUUUGAGCAUACUAGAGCUUGCAUGGGCGGUGGAAAUGAGCCUGGCCCAGAACGUGCGGACUGUUCACGCCCUUGCUAAAAUGGUGGAUCAUCAAAGAGUCAUGGAACUCAUCCAUCCAUUCAUUGCUUCCCCUGACUAUGAUGAGCCACAUGAAACAGGUCACGAUUGUAAAAAUCUCGGCGAUUUUAUGCUCAAUAUCUGCAUAAAGUAUUUGCUCUUGGACGAGAUUGGCAAUACAGAUUUGUACUCUGAGGAGCAGGCAGCAUUCGAACAACUACCGCAGCUGUCCAGGUCGUCUAUCGACGACCAAGAGUCAAUUGAUUAUGAUCGAAACUGCACGUGGGAGUCCUGGGAAGAUGAUAUGGCUCGUAUUGACCCGCUUGACCGUGGCUUUGGCGAAUUCUUCGUUUACGCGUCGUGCCAUUGGAUCGACCAUUUCGGUGGUACUGGUUCAACGUUCGAGCAUAUUCCAAGCCUCGACAGGGCCCGUCUGAUCACCAAUCCACGAAAAGAACGGCAGAACUGGGAUCUUGUAUUCGAUCUCGUUGACGAUGUGACAGAGAAGAUGAUUGAGGAUCACUGGGGAAACAAAUUGUUUUGUUUUGCUGCUGGUGCUGGGUGCAUGCCCAUAGUGCAGCGUUUGAUGAACAGCGCUCAACAUUCGCGAGAGCUUAGGGGUGAAUUGCUUGGGACCGAGGUGGAAGGGAGGCUAUCACCACAUGAAGAAGAAACGCAUCAGUCCGUUGGCUACGUUGUUCUCGGGAAUUACAGCGAAAUUGUGGGAUACCUUGGAGAAUUCGGCUUUGAAGCGCAUUUUCGAUACCGUAAUGCCCGUGGCGAGAACGUUCUACAUCUGGCAUCUAAGCACUGUAAUCCAGACAUGUUCCGUCUUUUGCUCCCCCGAUUUCUAGAAGGCAUCUUUGCAGAAGACCAUAUGGGAGAGACGCGUCUGUUGCGAGUUAUUAUGAGCCCUUCAGCUAAGAGGUACCAGUGUGCGAGGAGACUUUUGCUUGCAAAAGCGAACCGACGUACUCGAUGUUUGGAUUGGCAAGGGCAAGCAUUGCGGACUGCCGUAUCACGCCGUGACCUGGAAAUGUGUUCCAUAUUGAUCAGCCUCGGUGACAUCGAUCCACUUGCAGCCCUGAUCGGCGAUGCUGAAGGCCAGAAGAACUCAAAAGAAAGAGGCUCUGGGAACGACGACAAUUUGUUGCGUAUCUUGCUUGACCUAUUUUCUUGUGAGGGUAACCCUGCGGUCAUAGACCUUCAACAUCUAGCCGAGAAGCAAUAUAUCAAGUGUUUUGAUAGUUGCAAUGAAUGA